GCUGCGGUGGCCAUGCCCGCUCGGCGCGGCCCGCCGGCCCGCCGCCCCCGACGGGGCCCGAGCCGCGGGGGCCGGGCGGAGACGGCCUGGAAGGAGUUCGCCGCCUCGUUCGCCCGCGCCGGCAUGGUGCCGCCGGCCGAGGGGGGUCUGGCGGCCGUGGAGGCGGCGGAGGGCGCCGCCGUCCUUCUCCUGGCUCCGCAGCAGACGCUGACCUUCACCGGGAAGUGUCGCCUGCGCUGCCUCUACGGCGCCGUCCGCCUGCUGGGCUUCGCCGUGGCCCCGCACCAGCCGCCGCUGUCGGUCUUCUCGCCCGCCACGCACUGUGCGCUGACGCUGGAGACGCUGCCGCCCGCCCGCCCGCCCGGCGGCGACCUCCGCCAGCUCCGCGCCGCCGCCCGCGCCGCCAUGCGCGCGCACGGUGUCCGCCGCCAGGCGCGCGUGCAGGCCCUGUCGCGGUUCGCGCCGGACUGCGCGCUCGUGCUGCUGGAGCACCUGGACACGCCCCUGACUCGGUACCUGCUCAGCCACCCGCCGCUCUCGCGCCUCUUCGAGCCCCCGAGAAAGGAGGAGCCCAGCUUCGCGCCGGAGGAUGCGGUCCUGGCCUCUGUUGGCAUCGUGAAGUGCAGCCCUGAGCACGGGCUGCUGGUGUCGGAAAGCAUGGUCCUGGCUCUGGAGGAGCUGAUCCAAGCCUGCUGUGCUGAAGAUGAAGGUGUUCCUCUCAUUCUGGUAUGUGGCCCCAAGAACACUGGCAAGUCUACCUUCAACAGAUACCUGAUCAAUCUGCUGCUGAACCGCCUCCCCUCUGUGGAGUACCUGGAGUGUGACAUAGGGCAGACGGAGUUCACGCCGCCGGGCUGCGUGUCCCUGAGCCACGUCACGGAGCCCCUGCUGGGGCCCCCAUUCACUCACCAGCAGGCCCCACGCAGGAUGGUCUACUAUGGCCUGACCAGCUGUGAGCAGGACACAGAGAGGUACCUGGACGUGGUGAAGUCUGUGUUCAGCUCCUACAAGAAGGAAGUGCCCCUGGUGGUCAACACCAUGGGCUGGGUGAAAGGUGAGGGCUUGCUGCUCCUGAUCGACCUCAUCCGGCUGCUGUGCCCCAGCCACGUGGUGCAGAUGGAUGUGUACGACUGGAAGGCCAUGGCCCCGCUCAGCCCGGACUACGUGCAGCUGGCUGCUGGCCUCUACACCAAGGGCAAGCAGCAGGCCCAGUGCAGGCAGAUGAGGGCCGGAGGAGCGGAGCCCUGGAGCCCCUCGGAGGGGGCUGGGGACCCUCCUGAGUACAAGCUGCUCUACAUCCACCCGGAGUUCCCCCGCGCAGGAGCUGCGGGCGAGGCGCGCGUGCACAGCAGCAUCCUGCGGGACGCGGCCAUCCUGGGCUACCUGGGCCAGCUGCAGCGCCCGGACGUGGGCAGCGUGCUGCCGCUGCACAGCCUCCUGCCGUACCAGGUGCCUUUCCGUGCCGUGGCGCUCAGGGUCAUCCACACGGACGUGGCCCCCACCAACGUGCUGUACGCCCUGAACGCCAGCUGGGUCGGGCUGUGCCGCGUGCCCGAGGAGGUGCGGGGCCAGGGCGACGCUGCGGUGCUGCUGGCACAGACCCCGGUCUGCGACUGCCUGGGCUUCGGAAUCGUCCGUGGGGUGGACGUGGAGAGGAAGCUGUACCUCGUGCUGACCCCGGCGCCCCCGGAGCAGCUGCGGCUGGUGAACUGCCUGCUGCUUGGCAGCAUUGCCAUCCCCAACUGCGUGCUCGUGGGGCAGCAAGGAGUCGAGGGCGAGAUCCCCUACGUCACCUCUGAUUACAACUACAGCAUCAUGGGGUCUGGGAAGCUGAGGAAGAAGCAUUUCAAGAGGAGGGAGUUUGACUGUGACUAUGCCUGAAGCCUGGGCACCGUGGGCUCUGUGUGCAGGCUGGCAGCAGCCCCUCAUGCUCACAGGAGCCCUGGCUGCUGCAGAGCUCACCAGGGUGUGGAUCCUUCACAUCCACGUUUGACAACGUUUUGUAUUCUCCGUUUGUAUUUUAGUGUUUUGUAAUAAAGAUCUGUUCAA